UUCCAGAUCCUCAAUCUCACCUGCCCACCAUCCUACCUGUAACCUACCUUCCUCCCUUGCCUGUCGUGAGCUUUGCGCACACUCGAGGUUGCCCUUUUUAGACUUGCAGCGGGACCCUUGUUCUUGUCUCUUCAGGUAGUUUCUUAAGUUAGUUGGCUCCUCUCUCACCACUUCUCUUCUUCAUCCUUGUAAAGAUCUUUGACUUUUUUUUUUUUUUUUUUUUGACAACGGGACCUGAAUGUCGUGUGCUUUGCAACGGCGGCAUCGACUUCAGUAACCAAAUCCAUGACUGCACCAUCAACGAAAACAUCGACUUCCCAACCCAAAUUAACGUCUUCCUCCGCCUCAUCCACCAUGACCCCCUCUUCUAUUGACCUCUUGUAUCUCACGUUCAACUGUGCCAAGAACCUUCUUGACAUCCCCGUCUUCGGCAGCCAUUUGCAAACCGCCUUUCGUCAAAACGCAACUGGUUUACCAGAGGUUGUUGUUCUCUCGUUACAAGAGGUGGCACCCUUGGCGUACUCCUUCAUUGGUGGUUACUUCUUGAACCCGUACCUCUCACGAUACGAACAAGCCAUCAAUAUCGCCGCUCAACACAUAAUCGAUGAUCUAUCGAGCCGAAAUAGCGAGACUGUUAACACUGCGCCCUCCGCCCUCCCCUCGAAGCCAUACACACUUGUGCGAGGCAAAAAUGUGGGCUACACCGCCCUACUGCUCUUCGCUCGCGAGCCUUCGAGGCUAAAGAAUAUUCAAGAGGCGGAAGUCGGAUUUGGGGCCGCUGAGAUAGGGAAUAAGGGCGCUGUCGGUCUACGCAUGCUUUAUGAAGCUGAUGGUGGCUCAUCUGAGCUUACCUUUGUCGCAACACACCUGGCGGCUAUGGAAUGGAACUUGCCCCGGCGUAACGCCAACUGGGCUGCUAUAAUGCGUGGUAUGGCUUUUGAAAACCCAGAAGUGGUUGUGAAUAGCUACAAGACCUCCGUCACCCCAUCUCCAGCCUCAACACCACCUGCCGAGGACGAGCCCGAGCGUGCGCGCCUCCUCGAUAAUGAACACAACGAGCAACACUUACAACUUCAACAAAAGUUGCACAACAUCUCCGUUUUCAGGCCCUCAUCGUUUCUCUUUGUUGCCGGUGAUCUAAAUUAUAGAAUAUCCACCACGUCCCCGCCGCCUUCCGCUACAUUCCCCAGUCUAGACCCGGAUUCGGAGAACUACUAUCCAGAUUUUUUCCGCCUCGAUCAGCUUACUCGUGAACGUAACGCUGGUCGCACUUUACAUGGGCUAUCAGAGCACGAGGUGCGCUUCCCGCCGACUUACAAGUACGAUGUGCUACCACCACGACCUGGCACGCGAGAGCCUGAGCUUGACGUGCCCUGGAAAUUUGCGGUUCAUCGCUAUCCAAGUUGGACAGAUCGGAUCCUUUUUCUCGAUGUACCUUCAUGGCUCAAAAAAGGGAAUAGCCAGGACCCCAAGCUCAACGUUCGUGCUUAUGACUGUCUUCCAGUACUGCGUAUGAGCGACCAUCGUCCAGUGUACCUACGUAUCGACGUGCCCCUCAUUUCACCGAGUGAUAUGGCCCCGCCGUCAGACCUGGACUGCGGUGUAAGCAAGGACCCUCGGGCCCGACUCCCUAUGGAAAUUGACCCAGAGGCCUGGGAGCGCCGGGCCGCCGCACGCCGUAAGGAGGUCAUGGCAGGCUGGAGCAUGUACCUCUGGAGUACUAAGGAGGGUGCCUGUAUCCUAGCCACAGUACUCGCUUUUGGUGCAGGUUUGUACUGGCUGCACCGGCGGUUCUGAGCCACACUUUUACUGCAUUGUUCUCUCUGGUCUCGGGGGGAUGCGAAAACAUAAUUACAAGAAAACCCAGCAUCUUCAAGCACCCGAGGGCUCGGUGGGAGGUGUCUUGUACUAUGCUUGUGACGCUAGACUGCGUGUCUGUCGCUAUAUCCCAUUACUCACUUCACUAUUUGCUGGUCGAUACAGCUCAUUCAGGUAGCAUAUGGCAGCAGGCAAAGCACUCAAACAUCAUGUAUGCAAAGACCUAGUAUUGUGUUAGUUUCGCAGCUUGCAAGCAAAGGCAAAUAGCGCUAACAAAUAAAUUUAUUGAACAAGAAAUGAGGUAUUUGCAUUAUCCUUCACUGUCUCGCCGCACAUUUCGCGGCGCAGAGAGGAGCGAGCAUCGGGCGUACGGGUAAUAUAAAGCUUCAGGUGCUAUGAUAGCCUAUACAACUCUGAUGUCAUGGGCUAAACCAUUCGCUUGCACAAGGAAAAAUUACAUAAAAAGCAAUGGAGUUUGAAUGAAUAUUGGAUACCAAGGACUAGUGUAGUAUAGUAUCUCCUAUCUCCUAUCUCCCCGUCGAAGUCAUUAUUCGUAGUGAAACGCUGUUCCCCAGGCAUUGGUCAUAAAGGCUUAAGAGAAAUGCUGAUUUAAGAACCGAUAUUCCUGGC